AUGUCCCAAAUUCUCACGAUUGUCGGUGCUACGGGUGCGCAAGGUGGCUCUAUAGUUACCUCCGCCUUGAAGUCGGGAGACUACAAGGUCCGCGGUAUCACUCGCAAUGUUGAGAAUGCCUCGGCCAAGACCCUCACUGCGCAGGCCGUCGAGAUGGUGGCUGCGGACACUAGUGAUAUGGCAAGCCUCGUCAAAGCAUCUGAGGGUUCUCACGCCAUCUUCGUUGUCACCGACUUCUUCGCCCCGGUCUUUGGCGCCGAGGAGACUGUUACUAUUGAGUCUACUCAGGGUAUCCCAAACAAUCCUCCUUCCACUCUAUCUAUCUGUAUAGAUUCCCGAGUAUGUAGUUUUCAAUUAUUCGGGUAUGUUUUAUCAUUGCCUCCUUGCUCCCCUCUUACGUAUAGUUCUUCCUAG